UAUCAAUCUUUUUUUUAUUUUUUUUUCGGUUUGUACGCGCGUGACGCCGGAGUACUGUCCCGCGACGUGGAUGGUGUGCAUCGGGGAUCAGCCUGGCUCCUGUUAUUUUCCGAGUGGACGAGGAAUAUAUUCGCGGGGAGAUGCUGCUUCUGGUGCCCCUUCUGUGGCUUCUGCAUCUGGGCGGAGCGGCUCCCCCGCAAACCGUGCGGGAGGACACCGGGGUGGACUGGCUGAGCAAGUUUGGUUACCUCCCACCGCCUGACCCAGUAACCGGCCAACUUCAGACCAAGGAGGCCCUGACUAAGGCCAUCAAAGCCAUGCAGAAGUUUGGAGGACUCAAGGAAACUGGAGUUUUUGAUCAAGCUACAUUGGGGCUCAUGAAAACACCCAGAUGUUCUCUGCCCGAUGUCGCUGAAACCGAAGUGACGGUGGGCCGCAGAAAACGAAGUCCGAGUCCUCCCAACAAAUGGAAAAAAAGACAUUUAUCUUGGAGAGUGAGGACAUUCCCCAAGGACUCGGCCUUACUGGGCAGAGACACCGUUCGAGCACUCAUGCAUUACGCCCUGAAGGUUUGGAGUGACAUUGCGCCGCUGAACUUCCACGAGGUGGCAGGAAACGACGCCGACAUGCAGAUUGACUUCACGAAGGCCGACCACGAUGAUGGAUAUCCCUUUGAUGGGCCAGGGGGCGCCGUGGCCCAUGCCUUUUUCCCUGGGGAGAGGUUCACCGCUGGGGAUACGCAUUUCGAUGACGAUGAGGCGUGGACCUUCAGAUCACCAGACUCUCACGGGAUGGACCUAUUUGCGGUCGCCGUCCACGAGUUUGGUCACGCCAUUGGCCUUGUCCACACCUCGGCCAUGGAGUCCAUCAUGAGACCGUACUACCAGGGUCCUGUCGGAGACCCUCUGAAGUACAACUUACCUUAUGAGGACAAGGUCCGCGUCUGGCAACUCUACGGUGUCCGUGAUUCAGUUUCACACACAAAUCAGCCAAGCAACCCUUCCCAAACGGCCGAGCCUCCUGUCCUGAUGGACGUUCCAGAAAACAAAUCCAUUCUACAACUGGCGCGAGAUGCCCCAGACAGAUGCACCAGCUACUUUGAUGCAGUGGCCCAGAUUCGAGGGGAGGCCUUUUUUUUCAAAGGAAAAUACUUUUGGCGGCUCACUAGAGAGAAGCACCUGGUUUCUUUGCGUCCCGCUCAGAUCCACUGGUUCUGGAGGGGCCUGCCCGCUAGUCUGGACAGCGUGGACGCCGUCUAUGAGAGACCGGGCGACCAUAAAAUCGUCUUUUUUAAAGGACUCAAGUACUGGGUGUUUAAAGACAACGUCAUGGAGGAGGGCUUCCCGCGUCCAAUCAGUGACUUCGGCCUACCUUUGGAAGGCGUGGACGCGGCCUUUGUGUGGCUCCACAACGAGAAGACUUAUUUCUUCAAAGACAGCCGCUACUGGCGCUACGACGACCACCUGAGACGGAUGGAUCUGGGCUACCCGAAGGACAGCACGCUGUGGAAGGGGCUGCCCCCUCAUCUGGAUGACGCCAUGAGGUGGUCUGAUGGUUCAUCUUACUUCUUCAAGGGGAAGGAGUACUGGCGCGUGCCGAACAGCGACAUGGAGGUGGAGGCGGACUACCCACGCCUCAUCGCCAAGGACUGGCUUCUGUGCACAGACAUGCAGUCGGACUCGCCGGGCGCGGAGGCCAAGAGCACCGAGAGCCGGGUCAACGUACACCCUCGCCCGGAUCACGCCGAGAACGGCUACGAGGUCUGCUCAUGUACGUCGGACGGCGCCCCGCCUUUCGGAGCCCGGCCCUCCCCGUCACCCUUGUGGCUGCUGUCGCCUCUUUGGACCCUCUCGCUGGCCCUCUGCCCUCUAACGCUAUGAUGCCAAAUAAGACCAAAUCAGACUUUGGUUGUUAUUUAUUGCUCAAUCCUGAGAGCAACUUCUUGACAUUUGGGGCAUUUGAAUGAAGAAGCACUACGAUCACUCUAGCUUCAUAUAUUUGCUCCCCAACAUAAAAUGUUCUUUUAUUGCAUCCAGGAAGGAAGGAAAGAUAUGAGAACUUUCUUGGAUGUAUUGAGACUGAGCUUCAACAGUGACUUAUAUUCAAAUGAGUUUUAAAAUCCUUUUAACGAAUGUGUUGUUUUAAUUUAAAGUACAUAUGAAGUACUGUAUAGCGAUGGCGUUUAGUAGUCACCGUUGAGUUGUCAUGGAAUUUCAAGAGCUAAGAACAACACCGGUUGGUGUUGCCUUUCGUGUUACCUGUGUCAACAAUUUUGUGAUUUAUUAUUUUUUUUAAAUGUUCAUAUGAAAAGACAAUAACUGAUUAGCAGAACACGAAAAUGUUCAUCACAUUUUUACAUACAGUGGAACACUUUAAGAUUGAGCACAGUUCAACUGAUUUUUAGUUGGGACUGCAAUCCGUUUUAGAAUGCUUGUAGCAGAGUUCCAAAAAUGUUCACUCCCUCGACUGGUCACCAGGCAAUCACACAUUUCUGACAAGAUUUCAUUUAUUUUUUUAAUGUGUGUUAAUAUAGUAAUCAUCACUUUUAAUCAUAAAAGUUAAAAACCAAACACUUCACCUUAAAAACUCAUUCACUCCCAAAGACGUUUUUAAACGUCUUUUCAGACUUGGUCUAGAAUUGCCUGGUACUGAAUGAAUGAGUUUUAAAGGAGGAGAUUGCCAUCAAAAGAAAACCACACUUAUUGUCAUAUUUGCUUAAAAAGUCGUUAUGACUUGACAGUAAUGCAUGAUAAAGAGAAUCUUUUGCCUCUAAUUUGUUGAACAACAAACCACUACACCUUAGGAAAAACAACCAAUCAGACGACGGAUGAUUCACGGAUGAUCGGAAAAUUGCAAACCCCUUUAACUUGAUGUGUACGGUGACGCUAGUCUCUGACUGCUUUGAGUUUUAUGCGGCUUCUGCUGUAACUUCUCACCAUGUGAACCUUGUCGCGGCCCCUUCCUUCUUGUAGGAAGGAGCCGAAGAUAAAACCAGUUGAAGCGAAUCCUUCCACUCUUGAAGUCCCGUGCAUUAAAUUCAAAUCCGAUGACAUUUAAAUAUUCCACUGUGGACUUGAAUUUCAUGUGACAGUGUCGAUAUGCUAAUUUCGAUGCAUUGACACCCACCCCCCAAAAAAACAACCUAUUAGUUGAAUGAGGAUUAUUAUUUCCAUCUAAAAAAAAUAACACAGUGAGCCAGUGUGAAAUCAAAUCAUGCAAUGCUGAAUGAAUGGACGCUCUGUGUCAACAAGAGCAAAGGAUUGUUUUUCUAUUGCAUGUCGUAUGAGUGCGAGAACUCAAUCCACAGUAGCAAUGUGUGCCAGAACAUCUGCCUUCUGCUUUUUGCAGCCAGCCAUCAACUUCCUAAUGGUGACGAAGGGAAAAGCGCUGUCGCUAACGGAUCCCUUGCUAAAAGCCCCUCAACUUCUCUCCUGUUUGGUAUUUCCAGCCGUUGAUCAUUUUCACAUCUGCUUCAGCUUUUUGAGUUUUUUUUUGGGGGGGGGGGUGAUUAUUCCCAUCCGCCGAGGUGACAGCACUGCCCCUGUAAAGUUCUAUAUCUCUAUUAGACUGAUAUACAAUAUCAGUAAUAUUAAAAAAAUCAAGUGUAUAUUUUAAGUUGCAUUUUGUAAUGUAAGAUAUUUUUGUAAAAAAAAAAGUAAAAUGUACGUGAUCGAC